CCAGGUCCACUGCCAAGAGAGCAUGAGUGAGCAGGAGAGGGAGACAGAGGAGGACGAGGGAGGGGGCGCUUCAGACACGGCACCCAUGCUGCCCCGAAGGCUUCCUGACCACCAGGCCUCAGACCCGAUGUCCCCAGGGUGGGCGGGCCAGGCUGCCCCAGGCCGGGGGAUCCUGCAGCUGCCACGUCGGGCCCUGGCUGCGCUCCUGCUCCAUCUGCUGCUGCCCGCAGCCGUGUUCCUGCUGCUGCUGCUGCCCGCAGCCACCACUGUGUACCUGGGAUUCCUGUGCCACUCGAGGGUCCACCCGGCGCCCCGCCCCGCGUGCCGCGCGCUGCUGUCCGACCGCGGCUCCGCGGCGCUCAUCGUGUCGGGCUUCCUCUCGCUGCCUCCGCUGCUGGUACUCGCCUCGGCCGCCCGCGCCCGCCUGGCCCGACGCCUCCGCUCGCUGCUGCCACCCCCGACCUGGAGUCCCGGACCCCGCCGCCACCCCGACGGGGAGGAGCAGCUCUGCGCCUGGGUGUGACCCCAGAGGGCUCUCCAAAUCCCGGAGGCCCCCGAACUCCCCCCGUGUCCCCCAUCGGUGGCCCCAGGCUGGUGAGCUCAGGGUCUGCGUCCAGGUCCCGGCCGGGAAAUGCCGUGCGCGCCGCGCGGCCCCGUGCGCAGUGCUCCGAGGGGCCGCGAGGUGGCACCGGACUCCCCCGGAGCGGGGCGGCCCUUCCCCACCCUCACCGGCCGCCGCAGUCCCCGCAGCCGCCGAGGGGCUGGGACGCCCCCAGAGAACAGGGAGAUGGCUCUCGGAGAAGGGGCGCGUGGCCAGGCUCGGAGAGAGGCGGCCUUCCUGGCUUCUGCCACUGUGGCUGUCCUGGGCUCCUGUGCCCCGACGACGGGCAGUCCCUGCGGGCCCCCUGUCUGGUCCGGCAGCGGCCUCCAGCGAGUCCCAGAGGUGGGGAGACUUCCACGCUCCACGGUUCCAGAACUUCAGUGGCCAGAGCACUAGGGCGUGCAGGGCUCAGCCCGAGACCCGGGUCAGCAUUUAGAGUGAGGGCUCUGUCUGUUCUCUCUGGAUAAUUUUAAGAUCUUUUCCGUCUUUUGCUUUCUGUGCUUUUAAGCAUGUUUCUGGUUGUGGCUAUGUUCUUAUUUAUCCCCGUGGUACACACGGUGUGUCCCGUUUCUACAGAUUCACAUCUUUCGUCAGUUCUGGAGAAUUCUCAACCAUUAUUUCUUCAAUUCUGCCUCAUUCAUUCUACAUAUUCUUUCUUGGGAAACACCUGUUACGUGAAUGCUUCCCAUUGUGCUUUUACCAUCAUGUCAGUUCAGCUCUCUUCUGCGUUUUCCAUCUCCUUGUCUCCCAGUGCUGCGUUCUGGGCAAUUUCCUCAUCUCCCUCUUUGAGUUCACUAAGCACUGGCUGAGUCUAAUCUGCUGAUUAUCACAUCCAUUUAACUUAAAUUAUUGUGUCGCCCUAUCUAAAAGUUAUACUACUCACUUCUUAUUCAAAUCUGAUGAUUUUGAUGAUCUCUUGGUGCAUGCUCGUGAUUUGGAUUCCAGCUUUGACUUCUGGAACAUUUCACACAUAGUUGUUUCUAUUUUUUUCUUUUAAUUAUUUAUUUUUUGGCAGUGCCCUGCAGCAUGCGACAUCUUAGCUCCCCAA